GACUUUAAAGUGGAUCAGAAGUCGUGCGAAGAGAGGGGUUGUGUUUGGGACGGAGAGAAGAGACCAGAAGGCGUUCCCUUUUGCUAUUUAGACCCCAAAAGAGUUGGCUAUAAACGGGUGAAUAUGAAGAAUACGACGACUGGUGUAGACAUUGAUCUCCAGCUUAAAGACACGUCUCGUCGGACACUGAAAAAGAUACCACAAAUUGAAAGCCUUAGGGUUGAGGUCUCUUUCCUAACCGAUCGUAUACUUCGGGUCAAAAUCGUUGACACAAACAGUUCUCGAUAUGAAGUUCCCGUUCAAAAAGAGUUUCCACUUCUCAAUCAAAAUGCUAUUCAAUUCAAAGAUUUGACACAUCGAUCGGUGGUCUUAUAUAUAGCGAUCAAUUGCUUCAAAUCGCAACUCAUUUACCGACAAAAAAUGUCUUUGGAUUGGGAGAGAAUACACACCAUUCACUCAGACAUGACUUUUCCAAGUAUAAGACAUUUGGGGUUUUCAGCAAAGAUCAUCAAACAGGAGAGGAACAAAUCAAUUACUAUGGCGUCCAUCCCUUCUAUACGUGUCUGGAAAGUGACGGCAAAUCUCAUGGAAUUCUUCUCCUCAACAGCAAUGCUAUGGUUGUUUAACAAACUCCUAUUUCCUACAGACUAUACAACACUUCCAGAACCGGGUUUAUCAUUCAGGACAAGCGGUGGUGUAAUUGACUUAUUUAUGUUUAUCGGCGAUAAUCCGGAACAUGUCAUUCAAUUGUAUACAUCACUCAUCGGUCGACCAAUUUUGCCACCGUUUUGGGCACUCGGAUACCAACUGACCCGUUGGGGCUUUAAUGGCACGGAUAAUGUGCGACAAGUAAUUGAUCGCAACAUUAAAGCCAAAGUUCCACUCGAUGUGAUGUAUUUGGACAUCGAUUAUAUGGAUCAAUACCACGAUUUCUCUUAUGAUAAGAAACGAUUUGCAAAAUUACCGGAACUGAUAGACGAAACCAAAUCAAAAAAUAAUCUUCACUGGACUCUGAUUCUGGAUCCGGCCAUUGAAGCCGUAAAACAAGACAAUCCGGCGUUUGAAGACGGAUACAGUAAAGACGUGUUCAUUAAAUGGGAUCCAAGUGACAUGAAUGAACCCUCAAAUCUCAUUGAUAAGGGAUAUAUUUGUCCCAAAAAUAAAUAUGAUUACCCCGAUGUGAGAAUAAAGCCACUCUAUGGUAACGAUAACGCCAGAUAUUUGAGUGAAAAAACCAUUUGUAUGCUCACACGACAGGGAGAUAACAAUGAGUUACUUCACUAUAACGUACAUUCAUUAUACGGUUGGUCGGAACUAAUUGCCACACAAAAAGCAAUACAUGCGGCGACAGGAAAGAGAGGUUUUGCUGUCUCGCGGUCCACAUAUGUCUCUUCGGGCAGAUAUGGGACGCAUUGGUUGGGAGACAACGCCAGUCAAUGGCCACACAUGAAGUACUCAAUCAUCGGAAUCUUGGAAUUCAAUUUGUUUGGCAUUAGUUUUGUUGGACCCGACAUUUGCGGUUUUGGUGAUAACACUACACCUGAGCUCUGCAAACGGUGGCACCAAUUGGGGGCCUUUUAUCCAUUUAGUCGCAAUCAUAACGCAAUCGGUAACAUAGAUCAGGACCCGGCUGUUUGGAUAGAGAGGGGUCAUCCGGAGGUUACCGAAGCUGCGAUUAACUCAUUGGGAUUGAGAUAUAAAUUGUUGCCAUAUAUGUACACAUUAUUUUUCAAAGCUCAUACAAUUGGUCAGACAGUGGCCCGACCCGUGUUUCAUGAAUUCCCCACCGAUAGUAACACAUAUGGUAUUGACGAGCAGUUUAUGUUAGGGUCAGCUCUACUCAUAUCACCAUUUCUUUAUCAGAAUCAAAGCCAAGUGAAGGCUUAUCUGCCAAACACUGUCUGGUAUGAAAUGUCACCCAAUAUUAGUAAAGUGUCCAAAACUGGUUACAUUAUCAUUGAUGAUAACAAACACGGUAUACCACCCGUCCAUCUGAGGGGUGGAUCCAUAAUACCCGUGGCAUCGGAUUACCCGCACGUAAACACAAUUACCAUAAGGAAUGGUAGCAUUAAUUUGUUGGUAUUGCCCGACGCCUCCCAUUCCGGUUCGGGUGACUUGUAUUGGGACGACGGCGACAGUAUUGACACUACAGGCAAAGCUCUCUAUAAUUAUUAUUCAUUUGUUUUACACAAAAACUGUUCACUGGAUAUAAAUGUCGUUCAAAAUAACUAUAAAACAAAUCAAAUUCUGGAAUCCAUUCAAAUUUAUGGCACAAAUGGAGAUACAGUGAGCGCAACACUCGAUGGACAGACCGUCACUGAUAUCACUGUUCAUCAAAAGAUGAUUAAAAUGAAUGCUAAGAUUGACUUAAAGUCAAAGACAAAGGGAAACAAAUGGACAGUUUCGACAAACCCGGCGCCGCCUAAAAAGCCCCAACAGAUAUUGGAGAACAGGUAUAUCUUAACAGUUUUUGUGGUCUCUGGUGGUGGGGUUGUCGUGGUUGAGGCUGUGGUUGCGAGAGGUGGGGCUGUGAUCUUUGAUGGUUUGGUGGCUGGGAGUGGGGUUGUGAUGGUGUGUACAACAGUGGUCUGUACAAUAGGCGACACGGAGCUCAUGAAGAAUGCCUGUCGCGUGUCGUUUACCGAUCGAAAUGUCACAUAUGAGGCCAGUCUUAGUACACCCGACGGCCACACAUGUGGGGAAAGCGUGUCGACCAACCAUUGCAUCCUUUACUACAGAUAC